AUGGAGAAACAUUGCGUUGAUGCUCUUCGUGACUACCAACGAACGUUAUUAGCUAUGGACCCUUGCAAUGACAUAUCCCAAUUCGGAAUUCCACUGAGAUUGGGACUUAUGCCGUCCAGAAGUUUCUUCAGUCCAACGUCACUCUUCCCGAUUCUCGACCAGCCCAAACCUCAGUACUCCUAUAUCGGCCUCAUUGCCAUGGCCAUCCUAUCGUCUCCAGAAAAGAAGAUGGUACUCAGUGAGGUGUAUGAAUGGAUAAUGAUCCACUACCCGUACUUCCGCACUCGGGGUUCCGGUUGGAGAAACAGCAUUAGACACAAUCUCAGCCUAAAUGACUGUUUUGUGAAAGCUGGGCGAGCGGCGAACGGCAAGGGACACUAUUGGGCUGUUCAUCCGGCUUGUCUUCGGGAUUUUGAAAGAGGCGAUUUUCGGCGGCGAAGAGCUCAGCGGAAGGUACGAAUAGGCUGCAAAUAA